GAAGUGAAAAUCAAGAAAGAGCUAAGGCGGGAAAAUCAUAAAUCUCUAUAGAGAUAAACAGAAUUGAAAUCCCCCACGCAAACCAGUGAUUGCCCAUUUUCUCCGCCGAGCUCAGCUUAAAUCAAUUACGUCAAGGCAAAGCAUUCUGCUUCAACCGCCUUUUGGCAAAACUGCUUCAAGGAAUUCUGAAAUGGGGAAGAGAAAGAAGACGGCUAGGGUUUCCGAAGAAAACCUAGAAGAAGAAAUUCCGGAAAACCAGAGCAAAUUGGAAGCUUCUUCUCCCACAGAAAAGACCCUUUACGAGAUUCUUGGGGUAGAAAGAACUGCAUCCCAGCAAGAAAUUAAAAAAGCUUAUUACAAAUUGGCUCUACAUCUGCAUCCUGACAAGAAUCCUGGUGAUGAGGAUGCUAAGGAGAAAUUUCAGCAACUACAAAAGGUUAUGUCAAUUCUUGGUGAUGAGGAGAAACGGGCACUAUAUGACCAGACUGGCUGUGUUGAUGAUGCUGACCUUGCAGGAGAUGUCUGCCAGAAUUUGAAGGAAUUUUUCCAAACCUUGUAUAAAAAGGUCACUGAGGCUGAUAUUGAAGAGUUUGAAGCAAGCUAUAGAGGCUCUGAGACGGAGAAAAAGGAUUUGAUUGAUCUGCACAAGAUGCACAAGGGUAACAUGAAUAGGGUUUUCUGUUACAUGCUUUGCUCUGAUCAAAAGUUGGAUUCACAUCGGUUCAAGGAUUAUCUUGAUGAGGCAAUAGCUGGAGGAGCUCUGAAGUCAACUAAAUUGUAUGAGAAAUGGGCUAAGCAAGUUUCUGAAACAAAACCGCCUACUAGUCCAUUAAAGAGGAGGAAAAAAGUCCUUUCCAGAGAAAAGAAAAACUCGGAAGAUUUGCAUGCUAUCAUCUCUCAGCGGCAAAAUGAGAGGAUUGGCAAGAUCAACUCUAUGCUCUCAACUCUGGUUAGCAAACAUGGUGGGGAACCAGAGCCUAGUGAAGAAGAAUUUGAAGCUGCUCGACGAAAACUUGAAAGCAGGAAGGCAUCCAAGCGGAAGUAACUGUGAUUUUGAGCAAUAUGUAUGCAACAGAACUCUUCUGCUGUAAAUUUAACCUGCCUGAUGUAGUCAUUUAAAAUUAAACAGCGGCUUGGCUUGUACUUUUCUUUUCAGUUUUCUGGUCUUCAGCAUUUCCCUUGUAUUAUAUUAGCCUUUUGCUUUUUAAUUGGGAGUAAGAGCCUUUUUUAGCUCUACA